UGGUGAAAUUUGACACUUUUUCAUAUUGACUGUCAGUUGUCACACGUGUGACAAUUACAUCAAAUUUCUCUCAAUUUAUGACAAUUUUAUUAAAAAAAUAACUCAAUAUAGACUUCUUUAGUUAAUAACUUUUUCUAAUGUUGCCAAAGAUUUAAAAAUUAGUGCGAAAAUAGUCUAUUAUUUCAAUCUGAGUGAACCAUCAAGUGGGACCAGUUCUAUCAACGGAAAUCUAAUUAAUUUAGUAACAAUUAAACAAUUCAGUUAUUGUUGAUAAAAAAAAUUUCACAUUUUUGCUCAAAAUGUACAAAAAAUGUAUCGGAUUUGCCGGGAGUCUUUAGAAAGAGACAAUAUUUUAAUAUUGUCACUGAUAAUCAAUAAUGUUAGGAUAAUAUAUAAUAUUUGUCAUGGCUCAAUCCUCGGCAAGUGGAACAUCCUCGAGACGACUCAUAAGAGAUAAUGAUGUCUGUCCUUCUGGAACAACCCGGUUCACUGACAGUGAUUGGGAAACAAAAGAGGCCUUGCGGCAGAGAGAAUUGGAAGAGGCGCGAGCGAGAGCCGCUCAAAUGGAAAAAACAAUGCGCUGGUGGUCGGAUUGCACAGCAAAUUGGCGAGAGAAGUGGAGUAAAGUUCGUAAUGAACGAAAUAAAUCACGUGAGGAGGCAAAAGUUCUUCGGACAAAAUUAGAAAUUGCAAUAAAAGAUGCAAAUACCUACAAGCACGAGGCACAGGACGUGGAAUUACAGAACGAGCAAUUAAAAAAGGAAAUGGAUAAAAUACACAUGAUAUUAUUGAAGCACGCCGGUAAAUUCGAUCAACAAAUUGUUUCAAUUUUAGAAUCAGAUCCACAAUUAAGAAACGCAUUAGAUAUCGAUGAAUUACUAGAAGUCUACAAUAACGUUGAACAAAGUGAUAAUUCAACAUCCAUUGAAAAUAAGGAAUAUAUCAUUAAAAGUCCAACGAUAGAUUCAGAAUCAAAUAAUGCUGAGAAUCACAAUUCGUCGUCGGAUCGUGACAUUGAGGAGUAUGUCCUACAGGGUGCCGUUCCAAAACACGCUGUUGAAUUAUACAAGGAGAGUUCAAUGGUCUCGUUGGACAGAGAUAUUGCUAAAUUAGUAGCCGAAGCUUCCACGCAAAAUGAGAAAUUAAAUAAACGACAGUCAUCAUUGGAAAUACGAAAUGAGGAGUAUCUUUUGCAAAAAAUGUCAAUGCUUCAAUUGCGAUUAGAGGAGGCUACAAAGACUAUUGCCGCUGAAAGAGAUCUAAUAAAAUGUGAAAAUUCCCACAGAGAAAAGUCAUCUCUACAUCGUGGUGUGGAAAAAUUAAAAUCCGAAGUUGCAGCUUUACGGGAAUUACAGGACAGUAGAACUGAAGCAAUUAAGGAGCUUUUGGAGUUAAAAGAAAAAUUCCAAGGUGAACUUAAUGCGGCACAAGCUGAUUUAAUAGACGAGGCUUCGAAUCGAGAAGGCAUGGAUCGACGCCUCGCAGAACUUCGAACUGAGCUGGAGAAAUUGCAAGUGGAAAAUGCGGCUGAAUGGGGAAAACGAGAACGUUUGGAAACAGAGAAAAUCUGUUUAGAGCGAGAAAAUAAACAAUUGCGAGGUGAAUUACGCGAUUUACAGGAAAAAGUUGAUUCAAGAAGAACACGACCCGUUUCAACGUCUGAUGCAGACGGAAGAAUUUUACAACAAGAACUCUUAGACAGGAACAAGGAGUUAGUUGAAUUGAAACAUGGCUAUUCGAAGAUGAAAAAAAUGUUUGGAGACAAAACCAUGGAGCUAUCGCAUGCAAUUAGAAGAUCAGAGCAAUAUGAAGCGGAAGUGAAAAGAGUUCGUUCGCGAGUCGAGGAAUUAAAGAAGGAAUUGGCUUCAGCUCAGGAUGACAUGGAUGUGGCGACAAAUAGCGUUCGAAAGUUACAAAGAACAAAUGAAUGUCUCGUAGAGCAACUUGAAGCAUCCAACAUGCAACUGGAACAUUUUAAAAACAGAGUAACCACAGUGAAUAAUACCGAAAACUGUGUUGCACCUGACAUUGUAACUGAGAUAAAGGACGAAAAAAUACGCGAAGAAGAAAAUGAAGAGUCAAGAGAAACUUCACCAGUUUGGCGAGAUAUUUAGAGAGAGAAAAAGUAAAUAUUUGAAAAUAGUACCUGGACUAUUAUUCUUCGAAUCAAAUAGUAAAGAGAAAAGUUAAAAGUUUUGAGAGUAAGGCAAACGUAAAAAAGACACUCCUUACUAUUUAAAAAAAAAUACAGUUUCGCAAUUACAAGACUGUAAAAAAUUAAAUGAAAAAUUGUAUAUACAUAAAUAGGAAGUAGAAAAUAGUCCGUUAAAAUUUAUAGGUGUCGUUUUAGACAUUUCUCGGAGAUUAUUGAAAGAAAAAAAGAAUUUCUAAAAAGAAUAAUUAAAAAAAUGACUGAAAAAACAAAAAAUCGUGUGUCAAAUGUUAUCAACAUUGUCGACGAUCGUAAAAAUACUCCUGUUAUAUAUUUUUUAAACAAUUUUGUUACUUUUUGCAAGGCAUAAUUAAUCAUUUUUUUACAUUCCUUUCUUGUGAAUUAGCCUCGUUUUUAUUUAAUAUUCGAAUUAGUUUUUAAUACUGCGACAUAUGCAAAAGAUGUUUAAUGAUUUUUUUCUUCUUUUGCUACAAUAACUUUAUUCGCGAAUAAAAAAAAAUACUUUUGUAUUUUUAACUGUAAAUUCCUCUCGUCAAUAUAGUGCGUAUAUGUAUUUUAUAUACGCAGUCACAAAGUACCUCGAUUACACUCAAAUGAGCAAUGAACAAUUCAUUUUUUUUUAAUUCUCUUUUUUGUUAUUUUAUUCACCAAUUCGGUGUAUAUUAUGAGAAAAAAUAAAUAAACCGUAUAUAUUGAAUCGUUUUCCAUUCUA